AUGAUGCCUGUUGGUCAGGGCGGCAACGUCUCCUUUCACUUCUGCAGCUUAUGGUCGAAGAAUUGCACAUGGCCUUCUGGUUACCCACCACUAGAUGGCGACAAUGUCACAGUAGAGAGAGGCCGGACCCUGCUGCUGGAUGAUCGCACCGCUCUUCUCAACCUGCUUCAUAUCAAAGGGGGUAAACUAAUAUUUCAGGAUUCAGGAUUCGUUCAUCUCCGGGCUCAUUAUAUAAUGAUUUCAGAUGGUGGCGAACUUCAAGUGGGCACCUCUUCUCAACCAUUUCAAGGAAAAGCAAACAUUACCCUGUACGGGAGCUUAUCUUCUGCUGCAUUAUAUCCCUAUGGGGUAAAGUUUCUUAGUGUUCGGAAUGCAUCUAUUUCCAUACACGGUUGGGUUCCAAAGUUCAUUUCCACAAACCUGGCAUAUCCAGCUAGAGCCAAUGACACACAGCUGACUUUAAUGGAUCCAGUUGACUGGCGAAUAGGGGAUCAGUUUGUCCUAUGUGGAGGCAGUUUUUAUGACCCCUUAAAACAACAAGAAGUUCUGGCCAUCGUAAAUGUCAGUGGUACCCACAUAACUGUCAGUCCACCCCUGAGAUACGCUUAUGAUAUUUUAGAGCAACUCAUUGAGGGGGAGUUUGUCUCUUUAAGGCCUUUAGUGGCCAUGCUAAGCAGAGAUAUAACUAUAGAAGGGAACCUUACAGAUGAGUACACCAGUCGUUACAAGAGAUGCCAGGAAGCAGGAGUCGCAGAGAAAACAGAAUGUCCCUAUGAAAGAAGUGAAAAAACACUUGGAUCUCAAGAUCUGGGGAUGGUAUUUAUCGCUCAAGCUUUGAAGGAUGAGCCAAGUUUGGUCCAAAUCUCAGGAGUCCGCUUCCUGCACGCUGGCCAAGCCUUCACACAGUCAUGCAGUGCCCUCAGUAUUACUGGCAAUAGACCCAUGUUUGGUUCCUAUGUGCGGAGAAGUGUGGUGGUGGAUUCCUUCGCUCGUGGUAUCAGCCUCUCUGGAAUUUCACAUUUCAUACUGGAAGAAAACAUAUUUUACAAUAUUAAAGGUCACGGUGUGAUUGUAGGAGAACACUUAGAAAAUGGCAUAGAAGUUAAGAGGAAUAUCCUGAUAAGGAUUUCGGGAAGGGAUGGUCUCUCAAACAUUGAGACGUUGGCGCCAGCAGGCAUUUAUAUCAGGUCUCCUUCCAACGUCAUUGAGGAAAACACAGUCUGCAGCUCUGGAUAUGGAUAUUUUUACCACCUUGCGCCAAAAGGCCCUUCUCAAGCCCCUUUGGAAACUUUUAGAAAAAAUACAGCUGUGUCCUGUAUGAGAUCAGGCUUUCGCCUGCACCCCGACUAUCAUCCGUCCGGCCAGGACAACCUGACCACGUUCCAAGACUUUUCAGCCUGGAGGAGCCGCGGAGGAGCUCAGAUCACAAGAUGCGGAAAUGUUUCUUUUAAAGACUUUAAGAUCUUUUCUUGCCAAGAAUUUGGGAUUAAUAUCAGCGAAAGCUCCGGGAAUCCUGAAGUUUCUGGUAGUUUAUUGCUUGGCCAUUUUGAUGGGGAGGAGAGCAGCUGCAUGACUUCUGGUAUAGUUACUCCGAGGCGAUUUCAGGCAGUGAUCACCAACACAACAUUUAUAAACUUUGAUCUGCAGGAGUGCAGUGCCAUCAGAACCUGCUCAGGAUGCAUUAUGGGUCAAGGUGGCUUCACGGUAAAAACACAAAAGCUGAAGUUUGUAAACUCGCCCAAGAAGGUGUUUUUUCCACAUCCUCACUGCUCCCUGAUAAAAGACAUCGACGGCACCAUCUCAGGGUCAGAAGGGAGCCACCUGCUGGUCGACACUGGUAUACUCCCGGACUCCUCCUGCUGGGCUGCAGAUUAUAACAGUGGCGGCGCAUCCGGCCGUGUGUGCCAAGCAGCCAUUACAUUUCACCGCAUGUCCAUCGCCCUUGAACGAGCCCCCAAUGUCAGCUACAACAUCACAAUCCAAAACAGCAGGAACCAGACGAGUACGGUGAACUAUGUUGAAGACACAUUAUCCAACCUGUAUGGCUGGCAGGCCCUGCUGCUGGAUAAGGACACAUACACCAUCAUAUUCCAUGAUCCCUAUGUUAAGACCACCUUACAGUACUCGGCCUCUUUCGAUGAUUUUGCUGCGGGUGAUCACCUGUAUAUCCAGCACGUUGACUUACCAAGUGUCCUCAACAUUUCCAUAACUUGUGGAUCGCUGGUCGGGAAGCCUUGCCAGUCCACUGCUCUGCCCACUGAAUGCCAUGCCUGUGAUUGGUUCUUUGACAGCAAACGUGGCACCCUACUCUACCUGGUUUCAGGUGAAGGACAAGUCAGAGUAAAGCUCAUAGCAGAAGAAAUCCAGCCAACGCCUGCACCAAACCCUGUGCCACAUCCUGUUCUGAGGUGGUCCUCUCCGGAGUCUUGGGCAGGAGUCGGCGAGGGCUGGGGAGGACACACUUCCAACAUACCACAGGCAGGAGAUGAUGUGAUCAUCCUACCCAACAGGAGCAUAGUAGUUGACAUCGUUCUGCCUCCUCUUGGUGGUCUUUAUGUACUUGGAGCUCUUGAAUUUCCCCCAAACGUCAGCAAUGAGCUGAGUGUUGCUUGUAUCCUCAUAGCAGGUGGACGUCUAAGCAUUGGGACAUCUCAACAGCCUCUACAAAGGGAGCGGAGAAUCCAGAUUUUGCUACGUACAUCUACAGGGGUCCAUUGCGAUCGUCUCACUGGUCUACACGUGUCCCCUGGAGUCAUUGGAGUUUACGGAAAGUUGCAGAUUUAUAGUGCUUACCCCAGCAAAUCAUGGACACGUCUUGGGGCAGACAUUGCACCAGGAAAUGAAAUGAUUGCUCUGAAUGGUACCGUAGACUGGAGAGCAGGAGAUAAAAUAGUUUUAAGUUCAUCAUCGUAUGAGGCUCAUCAAGCUGAACUUGUUCAUCUUAGAGAUAUAUAUGGAACUAUUGUUCGGAUAUGGGGCAAGCUAAACUAUUGGCAUUCUGGUACAAUACACUCAAUUGGAGAUACCUGGAAAAUCCCACUGAUGGCAGAGGUUGGCUUGUUGUCUCGCAAUGUCCAAAUUGAUACCGACACACCCUGUUCGGGUAGAAUUAUGGUUGGCCAAUAUACAAAUGUUCUUGGGGAAGAAUACUUGGGGUCUCUUGAACUUUCAAACACUGAAAUUUCUAAUUUUGGAUCCUCAUUGUUCCCAUCAAUAAACUUUAAUAACACAUCACAAAGUUCUUUGAUUUCUUCUUCAAGCAUUCACCACAGCUGUGGAGGGGGUAUAAGAGCUACCAACAGCACAAACAUUUUGCUACAUGCCAAUGUAUUUUAUGACAGCUUUGGACAUGGGAUUUACCUUGAUGGUGGGAGCCAUAUUCUUACUGAUAACCUUCUCAUCUUAAUGAAGCAACCUGAAACCCAAGCGGAAUGGGUAACCGGUGUGAAGAUCAAUCCAUCAAGCCACGUUUUCUUGUCUGGUAAUUCAGUGGCAGGAUCUGAACGUAUUGCAUUUCACAUACAAGGCCAAAGGUGUCAUUUUGGAGAAAAGUCUUGGCUGGACAAUGUGGCUCAUUCAAGCCUUCAUGGAAUUCAUAUCUACUGGGAGGACGGCCUUAAGAAUUGUACAAAAAUAUCUGGAUUCUUGUCCUAUAAGAACUAUGAUUAUGGCCUUUUCUUUCAUGUGGAAGGCAGUGCUGUGGUGGACAGUAUAGCGCUUGUAGACAACAGAGUUGGCCUUUUACCAAUUGUUUCCCAAGUAUCUGUGUAUCCUUCCUUAAAGCAAUACAUCUCAAUCAAAAACUCUGUCAUAGUUGCGACAAGCCCAGCAUUUGACUGCCUACGGGACAGAAUUAACCCAAUUUCUGCCAAUGUCACACUAAGGGACCGAGCCCCAUCUUCACCUUACAAAGGGAGAGUGGGCAUUCAUUGGCCCAUGUUUACCUCAAGACCUAGGCAUUGGCCAGAGUACCCAUGGCACAUGCUAGCAGUUGAUGGAGCCAUCUCUGGUAUAAUGAAAUUGCAAGAUGUUACAUUUUCUGGAUUUAAGAAAAGCUGCUACAGUGAUGAUAUUGACACUUGCAUUAUGUCUAAUCCUGGAAACAUGGCCAUAACCUGCCCAAUCACAGCCAAGAGGAUUAAGAUGUCUGACAUAAGACCUGACUACAUCUUCUACUUCCAUCCGCCUGACAGAACCACAGGUUGCCCGUUAUCCACUGAAUGUUCUGGUGCACAAGUCGCCCUAUUCAAAGAUCUGGAUGGCAGUUUUCUGGGUCUUGGCCCUCCAACCUCAGUCUUCUCCAAGUCAGAACUUGAUGCUGUAUAUCCCUGUUACAAUGUCG